AAAUGAAGUUCAGGCUCUAAACCAAAGUACACCAUAGUCGGGCCCUGAAGAAAAAAAGGAAAAUUAAUUACCAGUGUAACGUACUCGCAGAAAGGGUUGGGUAGAUAAUAAGUCCAGUUUUGUUUUCUUGAUCCCAUCUUCACUUUUUUUUACUUUCUUUUGCCGCCCUCUCUGACGUAACAUCAGAAACCAGAUGUAUCCCUUCAUUUCGACUUCAUUUUCGAAUCUUUUAGUAUGGAAUGAACAACCACGGGAAUCGGUCUUGAAAUUCAGAAAACCGGUCGCAGCGGCAAGAAUUGAGAGAUUUGCGGUGCAUCUGUCAUUGAAAGGGGUGUUACGUUUACGUUUUUUCUUUACAUUUGGAUUUAAUAAAGGAAAGAAAAAGAAUUAAUUGAAGUGAAAGAAUUUUUUUGAAUCACCGUAAAAGAUGUGCUGAGUUAAAAGAGUGCGUGGAUUAUUUUUUGUUCUACAGGAAACUUCUUAUAAUUAAACAAAAAGCAAAAGGGAUGCAAGAAGUGAUUCUUUUUGAUUGAAGGGUGGAUCAUGCUGGUUGCCUUAAUUUCACUUCUCAUUUGUCAAGUUGUAUUCCAGCCUAUUGUUUGUCAAGAAGGCAAAAGAGAUGACACACACGUGGAAAAUGUUGUGCGGCAAGCAGUUGCAGAUGAAUUUAGCAGCGAAAUACUUACCAAUAGGACAAGAGCCUACCUCUCCUGCGCAUCAGGUGAGAUGGUUAUCAAAAUCAACUUCACUGAACCAUUUCGUGGCGUAACUUACACUGAUUACGACAGAUCAAGUCCAUGCAAAUUUUAUGGGGAUGGCAGUCGCUACUACGAGCUUCGCAUACCAUUAAAAGGAUGUGGAACAAAACAGGAAGCUCCACGAGUUUUUAUCAACAACAUUAUAGUGCGAUUUCACAGGUCUUUGGAACUUGAAGAAGAUGAAAUCAAAACAAUUAUAUGUCGGUAUCCACCCCCUCUGGCUCCAACUCAAGUGCCAAUCGUUUUACCACCCCCAACUGCCGCUGUACCAGUUAUUGUACCACCAAAACUCUCCGAAAUAGAACUGCUUCUCAUCAUCUGUGCCCUACUUUUCUUGACACUCCUUCUCUUGGGAAUAGGUAUAGCUUAUUACUGCUUAAAGAAAAGGAACAUUAAAGUUAUUAAGAAGAGGAAACCCUUAUCAUCAGGACCAGGAUCUGAAAUUACUAAAUUGAGUGGAUCGACGAUGGGGACUUUAUCUAUGUUUGACCCAAUACGCAUUCCCAGAGCCAUAGCUCAAUCUACAUCAGGCUCAGAAGCUGCCCUGCUCACUUCUUUGUCGUCACAGAAUGGCUCGGGUGACCACAGUGAUACGAUUCCUUCCGAUUACCCAAGCGAAUCACCUUCAUCUGUGAAUUCCGAUGUAGAAGAAAUAGAGGGAGGUCGGCGAAUGAUGAUAAAUGAUUUGUCAACCAUGAGAGGAGAUCACUUUAGAUACGAAAAUACAGCUUUCAUUCCAGAUGAAGCUAGUAGCAUUGCUUCCGGCUACCCAGAAGAUCAGGAAAAAGCAGCUAGCGUAUCAUCCAUACCAGUGCAGCAGAUAUUGAAACCCGUUGAAGCUCCCAAGAAAAAAUUAAAAACUAAAGUUGCUAGAGAGCACCAAUUAACCACUAUUUCUGAAAGAGAAGACGCAAUGAUGCAGCGGGAAGCUUUUCAAAGGACUUACGCUGACAUGAGACCUGUACCGCACGAGCUCCUUCCCCCAGUUAGUUAUUCGAAAGCUUAUAUCAGAGAAGCUCCCCCUAAGCCACCCUCUUCUUAUGCGCCAUCUCUAUAUGGAAGUAUUCCUGAUAAUGAUAAUCGCUCACAAGCAGAAUUUAUUGAAGACGUACCAAUGGCUAUUCAGAGACCUCCUUCCUCAUAUGCCCCAUCACUCAAAGGAAGCAUUCCAGAUAACGAUAUCUGGUCUCAUUCCGAGUUGGAGAGUGAAGUUGCUGUUGUACCGUAUGUAAGAAAACCCAAAAGAGAAACAGCAACAGUUAGUGAUUAUUUCUUGAGUUCUCAAAAUAUAACCGAAAUAGAAGAUGACGUGAUGAAUGUAAGAAAAACUACCACCUUACAACACAAGCCAAAACCUCAACCUGAAUCACCUCCAGAAAUGGAAAGUGUGGAAACAUAUGUGUCAAAGGCCUUAGUUCCUAGAAAGCCUAAAAUAAUUGUUCAAAAUAUUGAUGAUCUAUACUUAACAACAACAACAGAAGUUCAUGCUACAGAAACAGUCACGAAAACAACAAAAGACACCAUUGCUCAGCAUGUUAAAUCUCCUCCGCAAUCAACGGAACCUCCCUCUUCUGAAACACCACCCUCAACAUUCGAUGUAAGAAUAAGACAUUACCCCCACGAAUCUCAACCUGAUUUUCCAGAUUAUGAUGACAAAAUUUCUGAACGCCGCUGGGAUGCAUACUCCGAAAUAAGCGAAAAAUUCAGAGACGCUGAAAGUACGACAACAGAAAUCCCUGCUCAUAGGAGACCACGUCAUCUAUCAGAGCAUUCAACAUCCACUACUCCAAGGAAUUCACAGUCCCCGUACAACACAUUGAAUAGGGUUCCACAAAAAAUUCCGCAUCCUACUUACACGAGUAUAAUUUACAAAGUUCUUGAACCCCCACCCGUGGAAGGUGUUGAUCAGCUUACUCCGCACAUUAAGGAAAGAUGGCGCACGGUAAUUACAACUGAUGAAACAUUCCGAUAUCUUGUGCAGGAAGCAACGACAGUAGAAGAAUACAUUCGUAUUACAAAAGAUUCCCGAUACGAGAAACUUUUCGACACUCGAACCUGGCACGUCAUUAUAAGGGCUCUGAGUACACCAGACGAAAGGUAUCCUCCUGUUCAAAAUGAGCCACCUGGAGACGGAAGAAACCCCCGUUAUAAGAAAAAGAGCGAAUUUGAGCCACCUCGAAAUCGACGCAGUUCUUUACCACCUGUAACCGAAUUCUCAUUAGCUCGCGAUGCCCCACCUUCGAUUAGUGGAAGCAUCCGAUCGCGAAGAACUUCUAGAUCUGGUUCCGUACCUGAAUAUGAUCUCCGAUCUAUGACAGAAGUCGACGUCGACUUUGCGCAUGCGGAUAGAGAAUCCCUUUGGAGCGUUGAUACUGGAUAUACAUAUAAAACUUCGAAAAGUUUAGCUGAGAGAUCUACCUCCGAGUUCCUGGAAGAUGUGCCAACGAUUGUUGCUGAACGAUCCCCACAAUAUAGGGGAGUUCAUCAACAAUCACACUACUAUGCUGAACAAUCAUCAGCUGGUUUCGUGAGAACCAAUAAUUCUCACAUGAAAGACUCUCCCCACACCGAGUUUGGCGAAGGUGACUUCUUACACAAAGAAGCUUUACCAUCCACAUCUGCUCCACAAAAGCCAGUAAGGCCACGUUUCCUGGAGAGAUCCUCUACGGAAUAUUUCGAAGAUAUUCCUAGAAUGUCUAUGCCUGAUUUAAGACAAUCUUCAACCGAAGUUUCGUCAGUAACUGAGCGGCGAAUGGACAAUGUCGUUCAGGAACUUCGCCAAAAAGGAAAAUUUUCAAGAUCUGAAGUUAUUAUUGAUUCGCCUAUAACCAGAGCUAUUGAUAGAGUUUCUAGUAUAGGCGAGAGAGAGGAAAUCAAAUCCAUUACAGAGACUGAUAUUGUAGACUGGAAGAGAUGAAGAUAAUAAUUCAUAGCUUUUUUUAACACAUUAAAUGUUGUCGCUUCGAUUACUGACAUAAAAUGAGAGAUUAACCGUUUGUAAUAUAUGAAGUUUAACUGUAUAAAAGAAAGUUAUAAUUUAUUUAAAAUCUUAUUCUGUUGAAAACAAUUUUUUUUUUUUUUAAAUUAAGUUGUUUUGCUGAAUUUCUUAGUAAACAAAAUAUCAAACUGUUGGUACUAUCUUUAAAUGAAAAGUAAAUUGCAUUGAUUUUGUUGAAUAAAUUGUUUUAUUCUCAUUUGAUUUCAAUUACAAUCAAUGCGUGGGUAUUAUUUUUUUCAAGAAUUUCUUUACAAAUUUUACUAAGUGUCUCUAAAAUGUUGCAGAAAAUUUUCAGAAGAGGUAAAAGAUUCUCAUCAUAAUAAUUUAGAAUUACAUAGCAACUCAUUAUCAGAAAAGUCUAGGGAAAAGGGUAGCAGAUGUAGAAAUUUUGAAAAAAAAAUUUAUAGUGAUUAAUGGAAAACAAUUAUUGAACACUAUGUGUUCUGAUCGCCUACUAGAAGACAGCAGUUCGUGAUGCCACUGAAUAUGUUCAUUGGUUGCAAAAUCAGACGCUAUGCAUAGCUGGCAACAAUGGAGAACUGAUAGCCGCACAUCAGGAAUUUCUUUGAUGAAUCAUGUCCCGAGAUUCCUGACUCCUCAAGCUCUUGAUCACAAUUGCUUUUAAAGCUCCUCGCAGAAAGAAAUCAAAGAUAUAUGAAACAAGGUGAAGGCAACAUAUAUCAGCAACUACACAGUGUUGCUAGUUGCACAAUAGCAUUAUAAAAGAUGAAGAGAAGUAAGAUGCAAAGCACGAAUUAUCAGGUUACAAUAACAUUUCUGGUCAUGAGUUGCUAUGCAUUUCUCGAACUUUAUGUUAGACCCUAUCAUUCUUGCCCCAAUACUUUCGAGACAUUCUGAGUACAUAAUGUAUAUACAAAUACCUAAAAAACUAUAGAGCUGUUGCUUUAUGCGAGUAUGAAUUUUACUAGCCAAGUAUUAUUUAAAAUUAAAACAAAUUCUAUUGGUUUCACUUUUGCUAAUUUAAAUAUUCUCAACAAAAAUGAAAUGCAAUUUGCAUUUAUGAUUUUAUCUGGUGAAAUCUUUCCUCUAAAAGUUUUAUUAUAGUUUCGAUUAUUUGCAAACUCUUCAUAAAUAAUGUUAUUUGUUAUCAAUUGUAAUUAUUAUAAUUAUUUUAUGGGUAAUAGAGCAAAAUAUUGAUAAUUUUCUAUCAAAAUGACAUUACGAAAUCUGAAAUGUUUAAAAAAAAAUGAAUACUACUAACAAGUAAUUUAAUGUAUGGGUCUUUCUGUAAUGACUUCUCUUAACAUAUUUUUAAAUUUUUGUCAAAAAUGUCAUCAAGAAAAAUAUUUAUAGUAAAGGAAGCAAGUUAUUCAAACUAGGAUAUGAUAAAAAGGGUAUCGAAAUCGGCUGACUAUCUCGUGAGGAAGAUGGAAAGAUCACAAUCAAUUUGACUGCUGUAAGAAAAUUCGAGGUUUUUCUUAACAAUCCCCUUUUAAAGCCUCUCUUUUUCAGCAGUCAAUAAAAAUGGUUUUUAUACUUCCAUUCCCUCCUCAAUAGUGAUUUAUUAAAUCCAAUAAAUAUUUGUAUUUUUCAACCUAAUGUGACCCUUUAUAUAACUACUUUUUUGCCUUUUUUUUGACAAAGAUUCUAAAAAUAUAUACUAUGAGUGGUCAAUAUUAAAAUCCCUGAGUGAGAUUUACAAGAGAAUCGCUAUUAACAAAUGUAUGUAUGAUUAAUUAACCACAUUUUAUCAUAGCAUUUAAAAGAAACAUUUGAAACUACUUUUUUUCUACAGCAUUUAACAUAUAUUUCUAUACCCUUUUAUUUGAUAAAGUUAGUUCUGGUGCUUAUAUAUAAAUGAUUACAGCAUUUUAUAAAUGUUGCAUUCAGUGGCAGCUAUUCAAGAACAAUAUUUUCGCCUGGCAUCAUGUUUUAUUGUAUUCUUAUAUUCGUUGAAACCUCCUCUACUUAUUUUUUUUUAUCUUUGUGUGCUUUUAUUAGUGUGUUUAAAAAAAUGGAAAUUGUAUGUAAAAUUCCAGUUAGAAUCAGUAUCAUUUUAUACUUACUAGUGUUAGGCUAAAUGAAUCAUCAAAGCUCUUCAAACAUGCCGAAUUAUCAGUUUUAUUCAUAGUUAUACAAGAAGUACUCCAGGAUUAAAAUGAUGAACCCAGAACGGGACGUAAAAAAGUUAACUGUUAACCAACCAUUCAGAUAAAGCAUAAAUAUUUAUUUGAAUCUUGUUCAACGUCAAAAGAUGCCGCUUCCCAUGAAGACGUGACGUAAAAAAGUUAACUGUUAACCAACCAUUCAGAUAAAGCAUAAAUAUUUAUUUGAAUCUUGUUCAACGUCAAAAGAUGCCGCUUCCCAUGAAGACUGAGAUCGUCUUCCUCAGACAAAAACAGGCAGAACUCAUUACGUAAUAGAACCUGUUAAACCAAUUUUCUGAUUACGACGAGUGAGGUACGUUAGAUAACAAAAAAAAAUAGUUAAGAGUCUUCCCCGCAUCACGCAUUGUCAAACAGAUUUUAUGUACUAAAAAUCAUGAUUCCCAUUAUUACAACCAUUUCCGAUCACCAUUGCAAUCAGUUUAUCUCAAAAUUCACUUGAAUACGUUGAUUUAAAUCAACUUAUCAACGUAUCAAAAAAAUCGAUAAAUGCCAAAACGUUCCAAUCAAUGCAUCAUUUUGAUUAUUUGAAUCAAUUUAUUUAAACGACUGAUUCAUAACCCAACUAGUGCUUGCGAUUUUAGUUUACUUUUGAGAGGUUGCUUUUAUUGAUUAAAUUGUACACUGCCAUAUUUUAUACAAAUCUCCGAAGCAUAUGUAUGCAUAUGAAAAAUAAAUAAUAUCCAGUAUGUAAAUUUUUUUAAAACAUACAUUUUUAUAAAUCCUAUUAUAUCGCACUUUCAUCCUGUUGUUUCAAAUUAUAUAAUAGGAUUAAAUAGAUAUAUUUAUAUUUUUAGAUUUUACAAUUUUUAGUUUUAAGAAUUUUAAAGAAAAAGUAUUUUUUUUUAAUUCAAAUUUUAUUUUUUCUACAAUUGUGCAUUUAACAAAAACUUGAUCCUCAUUUCUUCCUAUUUUUUUAAAUUGUUCAUGGUGCUUAAAGUUAUUUUUUUAACAAAUCCUUCAAGUUUUUUCUUUCAUAUAAUUAUUUCAAUGUUAGUUUAUUUUCGUAAUUCUUUAAAUUGGAAAUUUUGAAAUUCUGAUGUUAAAUUGUCUUGUAAACUAUGGUUGGUUUCUUGGUUUUCUAGUCAUUGUGGCUAAGGUUUUAUUGUUCUUUAUCCGGUUUUAUGAUGCUAGUAUGAAGUCGUUUCAAACUGUUUAUUUUAAACUAUGUUUUUACAAGUCACUAAAAUAUAAAUGAAAGCAAUAACAUGUCUUUUAAUGCUAUUUUGUAAUAAAAUUUUGAAGUUUUGUAAAA